AUGAUAUUACCACGGGCAUAUGUUCUGGUCACUAGUCUUUUGGCUCUACUUGAACCAGUUAUUUCAAUCCCAUUGACGAACGAAAAUUAUGCACCUGUGGUAGAUCUGGGGUAUUCACAAUAUCGAGGUGUAUCUUUAAGCUCAGGGGUUGACCAAUACCUGGGGAUACGCUUCGCUGCACCACCUCUCGGUGAUCUGAGAUUCAGAGCUCCAAGCCCACCUCCACCAGUUUCUGGGGUUCAAAAUGCUACAGAGGUUGGCCUUGUCUGCGUAUUUCAGUUUAUGGUUUUAAUGGGAUUUAGUUUCAACCUAUAUGCUACGCUUUGGGGGCUCCGCCCGGCGGGGGUAGUACGAGUGAGUCAGAAGACUGUUUGUUUCUAAAUGUGUGGAGUCCGACAUCGGCUACUGCAGAGUCGAAAUUGCCAGUCUGGGUGUUUAUUCAGGGAGGCGGAUAUACUCAAAAUUCGAAUUUUAACUACAAUGGAUCCACUGUCGUAGAGAAGUCGGGGCAGAAUAUUGUGUUUGUGAACUUCAACUACAGGGUUGGAGCUUUUGGUUUUCUGGCGAGUGAGAAAGUCAGGCAGGACGGAGAUCUAAACGUGGGUUUACUUGAUCAGAGAAGUGUCCUAGAAUGGGUACAGUCACAUAUCGAACAGGUAAUUACUAUUUUGCUACAAUCGAAUGUCAGGUGCUAAAAUUGAUUCCAAUUAGUUUGGGGGGGAUCCAAACCAUGUGGUUAUACACGGUACUUCAGCUGGAGCUGGUUCUGUCGCGCUUCAUCUUUCUGCAUUGUAAGUUUGACAUUCCCAAAUUGGAGGGCUUUUUCUCAACCUUGCUAGUGGCGGCCGCGAUGAUGGCUUGAUUGCAGGAGCCAUUGGCCAAUCUAUCUUCUUUCCAACACAACCUCAGGUUGCAGAUCUUGAAUGGCAGUUUGAAAGAUAUGCUACGAGUGUUGGAUGCGCUGAGACAAUCGAUACCGUGUCAUGCCUCAGAUCACAAGAUUCUUCUACCCUCCAAAUGGCAAAUAUUGCCGGUCCAUACCCUGGGAAAAGCGGAGCACCAUUAUUCUACUACACCCCUACAAUCGAUGGCAGUUUCAUCCAAGAUUAUCCCUAUCGAUUGUUUGAACAAGGGAAAUUCAUCAAGGUUCCAACUAUGAUAGGAGGUAUGCAUCCUUCUUUCAAAAUUGGGACAAGCUAAUUUUCGUCCGAAACAAGGUGAUACAGACGAAGGAUCCUACUUCGGCGCAAAUGCUUCUUCUCCUGCUGAAGUGGCUGCAUUUAUGGAAAACAAUUAUCCAAGAUUGACAUCUUCAGACACGGAUGCCAUCAAUGCAGUAUAUCCUGUGAUGGCACCACUACCCCAGCACAAUGCUUAUUUCCCAUCAGCAUCUGCAGCCUAUGGAGAAGCCACGUUCACAUGCCCAGGUAACUACAUCUCAAAUUUGUCUGCAAUGAACGACCAAACAAAAAUAUGGAAUUACCGUUAUGAUGUAUUAUCAGUUGAAAACGUCGAGGCUGGCCUUGGGGUUCCUCAUACCUUCGAGACACCUGCAGUAUUUGGCCUUGGAAACACCAGGGACGACAUCGGAUCCAGUAGUUACGGCACCUACAACGCAGACGUCAUCCCGAUAAUGAUGAACUAUUUCAUAAGCUUCAUCAGGGACUUGAAUCCCAACACGUACAAAUACUCAGCAGCACCAGUUUGGGAAGAUUUUGGAGAUCCAACAUUAGAAGGACGUCGACUGCUUUUUCAGACUAAUUUAACCCAGAUGGAAGAGAUACCAAAGGAACAGACUCUCAGGUGCGAAUUUUGGAAAGAAUUGGCAAUCACAAUGCAACAGUAAUAGGAAAUAAUGAACGUGAUUAUCAGGUUUCCGAGUUGCUAGGUAAUGAACGAGAAUCAAAAGUCGACAUCCUUCAGGGAGUUCGCUAGCC